AUGACGAUGUCCAAGACUGAACAAACUUUAAACGACGCGCUGAACAGGGUUGCUGUGAGACUGGGCCACGAAGACUCUCAAAUAGAAGUACAUCCAGCGCCAAGUACCGGAGCCAAUUACACUAGUGUUCUCUAUAAUGCUGUUCUCAAAAAUCCUGAGAAGGGAAACAUUAAUUUAUUCGCAAAAGUUGCCCUCGUUGGACAAAAAAUGAGAGCUGCAGAUCCAUUCAAGAUUUUUGAUACUGAGGACCUGUUUUACAAAAAAUUAAUUAACAUUUAUAAACAGUUGGAGGUAAAACAUAAUGUUCCCGAAGAGCAUAGGUAUGUAACACCCAAGUUUUAUGAGAGCUCACUCGAAUACACGAAGGAAGUCAUGGUCUUGGAAGAUUUAUCAGUUAAGGGCUUCGCAACAUAUGACAGAUUACAGUCCAUAACUUGGGACUUUGCUGCUAAAAGUUUAGAAAAUCUUGCGAAAUUCCACGCCCUUUCCAUUGCAUUUGCAGAAGACGAUCCUGAAGAAUUCAGAAACGUGGUUUCAAAAUUAAAACAGGGUGAAAGUUUUGAUUCACUGAAGAAUUAUAUACAAAACGUAUCGGCGACUGCUCUCAGGGUGGUCAAAGAGGAGAAUCGUGAACGAUUAGCUAAAUUCACCACGGAAAUAUUAAAUAAGGAGGUUUUUGAAAGCUACUUCCAAAAGCACAAGCGGACAUUUAUCACCCACAGAGACUACAGACAGAGCAACCAGAUGUAUAGGGUGGUUGAUGGAAAAACGGACGUGGUCGCCAUAGACUAUCAAACAGUGCAAACUGGAAACCCAGUAGCUGAUGUAAUGUAUUUUAUCUUCACCGGUUCAGAUAAAAAGUUUCGGGAACAAUACUUCAAUAAAUCCAUAGAACAUUAUUACGAGGAACUGUGUAAGGCUUUCAAGAGAUUUGGACUGAACCCAGAACAAGUUUACUCUAGAGAGGACUUUGACUAUGAACUGAAAAAAAUUAAGCCAGUAGGGUUGCUUUCGAGCAUAUUCUGUCUGCUGGUCAUCACAGCUGAUAAAGAGAACGUUCCUAAGGUCAGCGAGGAACUGGUGUUUGAUGACUUCGCCAUCGAUCCCAAUGACCUUUACAUUGAACGGAUCAACGAUAUCGUCGAAGACUACAUCAAGAUGGGAAUCAUUUGA